CCAGGGCACCAGGGCACAUGCGUUGGCUGCAAGAAUGACCAUGGCCACUAUGAUGUGACGUCUCCUGGCCCCCAGUUCCAAGCAUACCAUAACCAAAUGCCGCUAACUGGGGCUCAACCCACACUUCUCUUCUCUGGUCUGAGGCGGGACAUACAAGACCAGGACCUGCGCGGCUGACUGCUCCGGGGCCUCACUCUUCAGCUUGCAGGCAGCCCCUUCUCGUAUCUUCACAUGGCUUUUCUAUGUGUGUGCCUGGUGUCACGAGGACACUGGUCCUAGACAGAUGGGGCCUCACACUUAUGACCUCGUUUAACUGUAAUUGCUCCCUUCAAGGCUCAGCUCCAAAUAUGCUUCCACUGGUAGCUAGGGCUUCCAUACAUGAAUAGUGGGAGAACACAAUUCAGUCCUUACUGCAUGGGUUCUUAUAAUUCCCACUCUACAGAUGAGGGAACUGAGGCCCAGGGAUCCAAGAUACAGACCCAGCAAGCCCCAGCUCCCCCAAGGUGGUCUAGCUGGUGCUCCUGCUGUCAGCACCAAGCCCAGGCUGCCCCUCCUCAACAGCCCCUCACCAUUUUUGUGGCUGUUGAAGGGACAGACUCCCCCUGCCACACUCACAGGUGUGACAGGGACAGGUGUGACUGGGACAGAAGCUGAGGUGGGGCUGUGGGCAUCUUGGUGGGCACAUCUGGCCCCGGUGCUGCGUCCUGGGCUGUUCAAUACCUGCAGGGCCUUGCACUGGAGAUAAGGUUGGAGGAGCUGACUUCCUGGGGGCUCUGCCUGCUCAUCUACAAGAACUACAGGAGAGGUUGACACAGAGAAGGCAGAGGCUAGCCAAACAAGGAAGGCUGGGUCCAGGCAAACAGCAGCAGGGAGCCAAGACAGACAGUGAGGAGGAGAGGCUAACAUGGGACUGGUGGGACCAUGGGAUGUAAGUACAAAUUGGGGGGGGAGGGGAAUGAAGCCCUGAGACUGCCCUUUGGAGGGAUUCCCAGGUUCCCACACAGGAGGUUGAGACAUGUAGGCCGACACUGGCCUCUACCCAGCUGUGGCCAGGUUAAGAGGAACAGACGACCUUCGAAGGCAGGUGACCUGGGAGGAAGGAGCCCACCAUUGGUGGUGGUGUUGGCGGGGCUGUCUGGGCACUUUCUCCAGGCCCCUUUCUCCAGAACCCUAAGCACCCGCCCCUUCCUCUGGUACUCUCAGCCUGCAGGCCAAGCCCCAAGCACUCCGAGGCCCUGGGUGACACACACCUAGAAGCACCGGGCUGGAUCCGGGGAAGGGUUUCCUGCCAUAGCUUCUCCCACCCUCACCUCCUGAGGGCCUCCAUGCAGCACCACCCUCUAACCCGUCCCAGCUAUGCAGGCUUCUGCAGUCUGAGGCUCCCCUUGACCCCCAUAUGCAGCCGGGGCACCCACUUCCCAAAUACAACCAGGAUGCCAGGCGCUCCACUCCUGAGCUCUGGGUCACCGGGCUCAGAUCAGCGCUUGAGAGCGACGCCCUGGGGAGCAGCGAGGGGCGUCUCGCGUGGCAGAGCUCUGCCUUCGGUUGCCCCAAACAGGUGAAGACGCGGUGGGGGGGGGGUGCGGAGGCGCCCUCGGAUCAUGGAGGUCACGUGCCCGGCUAGGCCCUUUCUCCGUGUCCCUUUUGCCUUGGCGGCGAGCAAGAAGUGUGGUGAGCAGAGGUCGGAACCUGGCGUCGGGGCUCCAGUUUCCGGCCGGCGGGACCUGAGCUUCGGGCAGAGCACAACCGGACCAGUGCUGACGGACCCGCAUCGCUAUGCUGCCGCCAUGCUGAGCUCCGAGCAGGCCCUGAGUGAGCUGCUGAUGCGCAAGGAGGAGGAGUGGCGUGUGCUGCAGGCCCAGCGCAGCCGGCUACAGGAGGCGGCUCUGGAGGACACUCAGCAGCAGCUGAAGGAGGCACAGGGGAAAUUGAAGCGCCUUCAGGAGGACUUCAUCUACAACCUACAGGUGCUGGAGGAGCGGGACCAUGAGCUAGAGCACUACGAUGCUGUGUUCGCCCGGGCCAGAGGGCAGGAGGAGGCCAGGCAGGCAGAGGUGAGCGAGCUCAAGAUAGAGGUGGCCAAGCUAAAACAGGAUCUCGCCAGAGAGGCCAGGCGUGUGGAGGAGCUGCAGGAGCAGCUUCAGCUCAGGUCACAAGAGCAUCGUCUGGAGCUGGACCGCAUCCACAGUGACAAGAACGAUGAGAUCGACCAUCAACGGGAGCAGUAUGAGAAUCUGAAGUGGAAGCUGGAGAGAAAGCUUGAGGAACUUGAUGGUGAACUCGCUCUGCAGAGACAGGAACUGCUGCUGGAAUUUGAAUCCCAAAUGAAGAAGCAGGAGCAUGAGUUCCGCCUACGGGCCGACAGUAUGAGCAACACAGUCUUAGCCCAUGAACUCAAGGUCAAACUGCUGAACCAAGAGCUGGAGGCACUGAAGUUGGCUGGAGCCCAAGCUGCGGAGUGUCUGCAGAAGGCAGAGACAGAAAACCGCGAGUUAGAGCAGAAGCUGCAGAGCUGCACCUGGGAGCUCCGGGACUUGGAGGCUGUGAAAGACGCCCGGAUAAAGGACUUAGAGGACACACUUCACUCUGUGCAGCUGACCAGGAAGAGAGAAGAGGAGACAUUUAACAGGAAACACGAGGAGCUUGACCGUCUGGCCAGGGAGAGAGAUGUAGUGCUGGUGGCAGUGAAGAGUGCUCACACAGAGCAGCUGCGGGCAUUGGAGGCCAGGGUGCAGGAGCUGCAGGCCCACUGCGAGAGCCUGGAGGCGCAGCUGCGCAGGGCUGAGUGGGCUCAGGCUGACGCUGCCAAGGAGAAGGACGCCGUCAUCGACAGGCUCCGGGAGGAAACAGCAGCCAUAAAAGCCGGCUGGGAUGCCCAGGUCGCCCAAGUGUCCAAGGAGGCGGUCUCCAGAGACCUCCAGGCCCAGACACUGCAGGAAGAGAAGGCGAAGCUUAAAGCCCAGCUGGUCAGAACCCAGCAGGACGUAGACAGAUACAAACAGCAGCUGUCCCAGGCCAUCGAAAGGGAACGGAGCCUUGAACGUGACCGGGUGCAGCUGGGCUUGGACUGGCAACGGCGCUGUGAUGACAUUGAGAGAGACCAGAUCCAGAGGUCAGAGGCCCUGAUCCAGGGGCUGACCGAGGCCAGAGAUCAGGUUGCAGCCAAGCUUCAGGAGACAGAGCAGGCACUGAGGGAGCAGGAUGUGGUGCUGAAGGCUGUGACCCUGGAGCGAGACAAGGCCAUGGAAGAGCUUCGGGCACAUGGGCUUCUCCCCAGACAGGAGCCACAGAUGCCCCUAAAGCAGCACAGAGAAGAAAUAAGUGAAGAUUUUCUGUCUAGGGAGAUCCAGCGGCUCCAAGAGCAGAACAUAAGCUUGCGGAAUGCUGUGGCACAGAUGCGGCGGGAAAUGGAAAUGCUGAGUGACCAAAUGCCUCCUCCUGCACACUUCGCAAAGGACACCUGGGGUGGCGACCAGCCCGAUCCGGGCGCUGGAGGAGACGCAGCCCCUUCUGAAGGCUCUGUCUGUGCUGGCCAAGCAUCUGCUGAACUGGCGUUCAGGAAGCUCGGAGACAGAGUGCAUCUCUUGCACGUGCUGGUAACAGAGCUCAAAAAGAAGGUGCAGGAGCAGCCCCUGGAGCUGGGCCUCAAGCAGCAAGAGCUUCCCCGGGAGAUGCACCAGGUGCACCUGGACGUUCUGGACCUGCGGAAGGAGGUGGCUGAACUGGGGAAGCGUCUUGGAACAACGCAGCAAGGAGAGGAGCCUUCAGACAGGAAGUCGCGUGAGAAAGAGGGCUGUCUGCUGUGUGGUUUUCUGCAGGGCCUCACAGACGGGACACCUGUGGGGACUGAGGAGCAGGAGCAGCCUUCCAGGCCCCCACAGCCAGGAUCACAGUCCCCCAGGGCCGCAUCUGUGCCCCACCUGCAGAGGAAACUCAAGGAAGCCACCAGGAAGAUCCUCAGCCUCCACCUGCAGAGGGAGCAGCUCAUUGAGAUGGGGAACCGGCUGCGCGCUGAGCUGGGGUACCCCAAAGGAGGACCACCUCGCUGUCGUCUUCCUCCCAGCCCCAGGCGUGAGACCCGGGACCCAAGUGAUGCACCCACUGAGCCCUGGGAGCCUCUGGGACAUUUGCAGCCUCAUCCAGCAGCCCAGGACCUGAAGCUCCCUGCUACAGAGUAUGUUCCUGGCAGUGGGAGAAGGAGCCAGCCCUGCUCAACACAGCCGGUCAGCAGAAACCAUGCCAUGAGAGGCUCCACGGCCGGGCCCAUGCAGAAGCAACACAGAGUUCCCACCUGCAAAUCAAGGCAUCAGAAAGAAAACCGGGCUCCAAAGCCACCUCAGGCACAAGCAGCCCCUGAGGAAAAUGGCCACGAGAGCCUUGGCUCGUCCUCCCUGACCAGCCACUCCCUGCAGGAUACCUGGAAGUUGCUAGACCUGAGCUCCAGCCCUUCUGGCCUCCCCUCCCAGAAUGACUCCACUCCAGGCUGUCAGCGUCUUCCCAUUUCUUCCCAUCAUGGAUAAAGAGGUAGUGAGGAGGCCGAACAUGCGCCACAGUGCAUGCACAGAACAUACGUGUGUGAAAAUUCUUAGUCAGGUGCUGGGAUGCUGGGCGCUGUGGUGAACACCUGGUCCCAGCUCUUGGGAAGCUAAGACAGGAGCAUCACUGAGUUCAAGGCCAGCUGAGACAAUAUUGUGACACACUUUUCGAAAGGAAAAGAUCGCCAAGGAGUGUCUGCUUUGUCAAACCAUAUUGCUUGCUGGGGCUGUAGCCAAUGGUAGACGCUAAACCUUGGCUCUGAUCCCCAGCACCGAAAAGAACAAAACAAAACAACCCCCCCCACACACACACACACAUAAAUGUAGCAGCUGUGGUCUAAUUGGCCUCCCUGAACCUGCUCUGGUCUAUUCCCACAGCCACCUCCUCCAAACCCUCUCCAGCAGGGUCCAAUACCUUGCUCACUGCCAGUCUGAUAGGUGACAUUGUUAUGUCUGUUAGCAGAUUAUGUAUCUUUUCAUCUUUUUAUCUGCCCAUUUGCAUACAGGGCCAUUAUGUUUCUUACUCAUUUCCAGGGGUAAUUCUAUAUAAUGAAAUUUAAGUCUUUUCUAAGCCAAAAA